AUGUUACAUCAAGAAAGAAGAAAAAGUGAGGAAGAGGUGCAGGAAAAAAUAGAAUACUUUGAUGGAAAGGUAGAAGAGGUGCUCACUGAUGGACGCCGAAUCAUCACUUUCCGCAACGGUACUAAAAAAGAGAUCAGCACUGACAAAAGGAUGACGACGAUUAGCUUUUUCAAUGGAGAUGUAAAGAAGAUCAUGCCAGAUCAGAGAGUGAUUUAUUAUUAUGCAGAUGCACAGACAACUCACACUGCUUAUCCAAACGGCCUGGAGGUGCUGCAGUUCCCUAAUAAUCAGAUAGAGAAACAUUAUCCUGACAGCACACGAGAAAUUGUGUUCCCAGGCCACACAGUGAAAUGCCUGCAUAGUGACGGAACCAAGGAAACUUUUUUCCCAGAUGGUACAGUAGUAAAAGUAGAAAAGAAUGGAGAUAAAAUAGUGGUAUUCAGUAAUGGCCAAAAGGAGGUUCAGACUGUGCAGUUCAAGAGGUGGGAGUACCCUGAUGGCACUGUAAAAACCGUGUACCGCAACGGCAGGAAGGAAACCAAGCACACCACCAGCCCAGCUCGAAUCAAAGACGAAGAAGGUAACAUCAUCCGAGAUGAGCAGUGA